AUCACACUGCAGACGCGACGCACAGUGACCUCGAAUUGAACUUUGCUAGCUCUAUCUUUUUGGCCUUUGACCUCAGACUCUGACAUCCCUUUACCAACUGCAGGUCCUCCACAAUGGCUCAAAACAUAGAGUCACAACCCCCCGGCGCCUACACCUACAACGAGAUCGUCACGACCGUGGAGGAACACUUCCCUGACGUCUACAACGCGCUCUUCGACGUCGACAACGUGCUCUGGGAGCGGCCUGAGAACGACAGAGUCGGCUUCUCCUCACAGUCCCUCUUCCUGGGCCACGUUGUCCUCGACAACAUCACGUACAGAGCCUCGGCAUAUAUGACAAGCCAAGGAGAUAUCCAGUUUCUCCGCCGCAACAUUAGCCUUUCGCGACGCGAUGAUGAACGCCUUUCCCUUGCCAGUCUUUGGGCAUUUCUGGACGAAAAUUGCGAGCGCCCAAGCAUGGAUAACCUGGGGGCAUUGUGCGGGUUGUACUUCUUUGCCGUCGGAUACGCCGAGGUGGUGAAUGCGAAGAAGGGUUGGUUCCGGGACUUGAAGAUGGCUUGUACGAAAGUCAGUCUCGGCCUUGGAGCAUUGGUUGAUGAUGCUGCGGUUUCUGGACUGGAUGGGGAAGUGGAGAGAAAUACUGGGAGGGCCUUGAGCUCGCACAAUGGCGACGUCGAGGACAACGGGGAUUCUGGAGACGAGACGGACGUUACGACGGGGGCGGAGAUGAGGGGCUUGGCCGAACUACAAGAAGUACUGGAGAUGGGAACAAAGUCGGGCUGAGAUUUGUGAAAUAAGAAUAUCGCUAAA